GAUGAUGGUCUCGAAGAUGGAGACGCAGUUGGAGUAGAUGGUGAUCGUUCGCCUUCUAUCGCAGACGUUGGCUCUUCAUCUUCAUCGUUGCUUAGUAAGGGUAAGAUGUCACACAGAAGGACAACAACUUCUUCUUCUGGGAGAAAGAGCUCCUCAAAACUACGUGGGUCAUCAUCAUCACCGGGGAGAAAUCGCAAGAAAAGUCCGUCCUUAGUCUCUUCGCCCUCUGCCGCGGUAGCAAAGCAAGCCUUACGUCCUUUGAGGAAUCUAGAAGCACAAUCAGCAGCGUUGAUGAAACUACGCUUGAAAUUCUGCGUCCGAAAAGAUUUUCAGAGUCUGCAAGCAGAGUCACCAAAGCCGUUUUGGCCACAGGAUUUGCCAUGGUCCAUGCGUCUACGAGGUGGAUGUUUGGAGAUUCUUGUGUACGUUUUGGAAACGUUGAAAAGAGAUAGGAUGCGUAGAGCUUUGAAUGCUUUGCUGAAAUGGACGUUGGAGAAGACCGCGCUGAGGGAAAGGGAGAGGGAGUUAUGA